UUGACACUUCGCCGUGACGUGGUUCAUCGUGCUGAUCGUUCUGGGGCUUGGUGAACUUUCAAUAGUGGAAAUACUGGGUACCUUUCAACCGAGGCCCUCUCGUCAUAUAACAACCUGAUCCCGAUCCAUCAAUCCGGGAGUUUCCUGGGUAUCGUGACCUCUUGCCAUUGAAUCACCAUCGUCUACCCGAAACCGCUUCUCAUCAUCGAUCUGUCCUAGAUUACCUUCAACAUGGCGGACACAAACGGCAGCGGCAACGGCAACGGCAACACCGUGGGAGUCGGGACGGAGAACAUCAACACUGAAAUCAUCACGUUGACGCGGUUCCUGACCGAAGAGCAAACCAAGCACAAGGAGGCUACCGGUGACUUCACAUUACUGUGCCAUGCCCUCCAAUUCGCAUUCAAGAGUAUAGCCUACUACAUCCGCCGCUCCACCCUCAUCAACCUCACCGGCCUCGCCGGCUCCUCCAACACUACCGGCGACGACCAAAAGAAACUCGACGUCAUCGGCAACGACAUCUUCAUCGCUGCCAUGCGCUCCUGCGCGCGCGUCCGCGUCCUCGUGUCCGAAGAAGAAGAAGAAUGCAUCGUAUUCCCCGCCGGCCCGAACGCACGCUACGCCGUCGUCUGCGACCCCAUCGACGGGUCCUCGAACCUCGACGCCGGUGUCUCCGUCGGCACCAUCUUCGGCGUGUAUCUCCUCGGCGAGGACGCCGCGGGGACGAAGGAGGAUCUGCUGAAGCCCGGGUCCGAGCUGGUGGCGAGCGGGUUCACGAUGUAUGGCGCAUCGGCGCAGUUGGUGAUCACGAUGCGGGGGGGCGGGGUGAAUGGGUUUACGCUGGACAAUGCGUUGGGGGAGUUUAUCCUGACGCAUCCGGAGAUGCGGAUUCCAAAGACGCGGGCGAUUUACUCGGUCAAUGAAGGGAAUAGUCUGUAUUGGGAAGAGCCAGUGAAGGAAUAUGUGAAUAGCUUGAAGUAUCCGGGCGAGGGCGGGAAGCCGUACAGCGCGAGGUAUAUUGGGUCCAUGGUGGCGGAUGCGUACCGUACGCUGUUGUAUGGAGGCAUCUUCGCGUAUCCGGCGGAUAAGAAGAGCCCGAAGGGCAAGUUGAGGAUUCUAUACGAGUGCGCGCCUAUGGGGUUGGUGUUUGAGAACGCCGGUGGUCAGGCGAUCGAUAGCAACAUGAAGAGGAUGCUCGACGUCGUGCCGGAGCACAUCCAUGAUCGAUCGGGCAUCUUCAUGGGCAGCUGGGACGAGGUGCAGAAGGUGGUUGACAUCCACAAGAAGCACGGAUAUUAGACGAACAGUGAGAUGAAGCAACGUGAUGGAGACAGGAACCACUGCUCAUCGAGUGAAGAUGCCUGAUGAACCGACAUCGGUGAUAGGAGAACCUGCUACUGGCAGGUAUACAACAAAACAAAUUGAGGCCAUCCACAUACCUCCAAGGAAUGACCAAUGAUAGCCAAACAGGCAAAAGUCACAUAUAACCGAAAUAUAUACUUCCCAAUAUUCUCUUGAACCCGUCUCGACUCUCAAGAGAAAUCGAAGCUUUCCUCUGGCGUCCGCUUGGCGAUAGACAAGAUAAAUCCCGCAUUACCGACGGCCGUUGAUGCGCCUGUCAUGCACGACCAAACCGUCACGGAUUGAGCACCAAUCACCCCCCAACCACCCAACAUCGUCCGUUGCCAGUUGCCGGCCACUUGACAUGGUCAGAAAUGUGACCAACAUUGAGGAGUGACGGGACUGCAGAUAAAUUGGCCCCGGUUGGAGCCCUAUCG